AUGGCAGGGGGCAUCGUGGAUGCAGGAAACCUUAAGAGGGCUCAUCUUUAUGAGCACAAGAUAACUGGUUAUUUCAUCUAUGCUUGCGUCGUUGCAGCAAUGGGAGGAUCACUUUUUGGAUAUGAUCUUGGUGUUUCAGGUGGAGUCACUUCCAUGGAUGAUUUCUUGAAAGAAUUCUUCCCAAAAGUGUACAGAAGGAAGCAUGCACAUCUGAAGGAGACAGAUUACUGCAAAUAUGACGACCAAAUUUUGACUCUCUUUACAUCCUCAUUGUACUUUGCAGCCCUGAUUACCACAUUUGCGGCCUCCCACGUAACAAGAAGCCGAGGUAGGAGAGCUAGCAUCCUCGUUGGAGCGACAAACUUCUUUAUAGGAGCGGUUUUGAAUGCUUUUGCAAAGAACAUUGCAAUGUUGAUCAUAGGACGAUGCUUUCUUGGUGCUGGAAUUGGAUUCGCCAAUCAAGCUGUUCCCUUGUACCUAUCAGAAAUGGCUCCUGCAAAAGUCCGAGGAACAGUUAAUCAACUGUUUCAACUGACAACCUGCUUAGGAAUCCUAAUUGCAAACUUGAUAAAUUAUGGAACCGAAAAAAUUCAUCCAUGGGGAUGGAGGCUAUCUCUUGGAUUAGCUACAGUUCCUGCAGCUGUAAUGUUUGUUGGUGGUAUUUUCCUUCCCGAGACCCCUAACAGUCUUGUAGAACAAGGUAAACUAGACGAAGCGAGAAGAAUAUUGGAGAAAAUUAGAGGCACAACAAAGGUUGAAGCUGAGUUUGCUGAUCUUGUCGAUGCAAGUAAUGCAGCACGAGCGAUUAAGCACCCUUUCAGGAAUCUUUUAGCAAGGAAAAACCGACCCCAGUUGGUAAUUGGGGCUUUGGCCAUCCCUGCAUUUCAACAGCUUACCGGCAUGAACUCCAUACUCUUCUAUGCUCCCGUCUUAUUCCAGAGCUUGGGCUUUAGCAACGAUGCUUCUUUGGUUUCAUCCGUGAUUACCAAUGCAGCACUUGUUGUUGGAGCACUCAUUUCAAUGGCUUUAGUAGACAAAUUUGGCAGAAGAGCUUUCUUCUUGGAAGCUGGGACAGAAAUGAUCUGCGUCAUGAUUGCUGUUGCCAUAACUUUGGCCGUGGAGUUCGGAGAUGGGAAGACAAUUCCCCAAGGAAUUGGCAUCUUCCUUGUGAUUAUCAUUUGUUUGUUCUGCGUGGCAUAUGGAAGGUCUUGGGGUCCUCUCGGAUGGCUGGUUCCAAGCGAACUCUUCCCCUUGGAGAUAAGGUCUGCUGGUCAGAGCGUGGUGGUGUGCGUCAACAUGAUCUUCACAGCUUUGAUAGCACAGUUGUUCCUUGUCUCACUCUGCCACCUUAAAUUCGGAAUUUUCUUGCUCUUUGGUGGCUUGGUUGUCAUCAUGAGUGCCUUCGUCUACUUCUUGCUGCCAGAAACAAAGCAAGUACCAAUCGAGGAGGUGUAUCUUCUAUGGGAAAAUCACUGGUUCUGGAAGAGGAUAGUGGGAGAUGGGUCCAGCUCAUCACAUGUAUAG